GCACAGGAGCAGCUGCAGGGCAUUUCUUCCAGCCUGGAUCGGCCGGCCGGUCAGUCCUCUGGGAGGAACAGCAGACCACUCUUGUGCUUCUUCUUGGAGUGCUUUCUGAUCCGGCCUCCAUCGUAACUGAAGCCCCCUCUGUCACGUGUCGGGGGGGGGAUGUCGGACCCAACACAGGAACUCUCCAACAAGUCCUUCGUGGCGCGGUUGUCCAGUGUUUACCUCAGCAUCUUGGCGCUGUUCUGCUUCAAGCUCUUCGUUAAGAUCUCUCUCAACUUGCUGACGUACUUCUACAUCGUCCGCGGAAACCGCAAAGAGGCCGCCAGGAUAUCAGCAGAGUUCUACCACCAUGGUCGCAAAGACAGACCCUGGGCGGACCGCUCGCCCCUCCACGACGCCGCGCGUCAGGGCCGCCUCCUGGCUCUGAAGACCCUUAUUUCACAGGGCCACAGUGUGAAUGCUCUGACGAUAGACGGCGCGACUCCCCUCCACGAGGCCUGUGAUGGAGGCCACGUCGCUUGUGCCGGAGCUCUCAUUGACGCCGGAGCAAAUGUCAAUGCUUCCACAAUUGAUGGAUUCACCCCUCUGUUCAACGCCUGUACAGCAGGCAGCGUGGCAUGCGCUGAGAUUCUCUUGGAAAAUGGAGCAAAACCCCAGAGCCUUGCGUAUCAUCCAUCACCAAUCCACGAAGCCACGAGAAAAGGUCAUUACGGUUGCGUGGAGGCUCUGGUGACUUGGGGGGCAGAUGUGGACAUGGACAUUCCUCACCUGGGCACCGCGCUGUACACGGCGUGCGUCUGCCAAGAGCUGCAGUGUGCCAGGAAACUCCUGAGGGAAGGUGCAAGUGUCCAGAAGGGCAAAUCCCUGGAGUCGCCCUUACAUGCGGCUGCAGAGAGAGACUGCGCGGCCGGCGUGAAGCUGCUGCUGGACUUCGGCGCGGACAUUAACGCCAGGAACACGGAGCUUCAGAGGCCGGUGGACGUGGCUCCGGCCAGCAGUCCGACGGAGGCUUUCCUCCUGAUCUACGAAGCGAGGCCACGACGGCUGAGCCAGCUGUGUCGUCAGAGCAUCCGGAGCAGCGUUGGCCGCGACAGACUGCGCCUCCUCUCCCGCCUCCCGCUGCCCGACAGGCUGAGGAACUACCUGCGCUACCAAUGACAGACAGGAUGGGACGCACAGAUAUAGAGGCCUCUGUCACGGAGAGCGAAUCAAGUCCUUGAAGCCGCCCUUCAAACUGAGGCGACCAGUCAAUCAAGUGACUCGGUAGCUGGCUGUGAUGAGCUGGCCUACAUCCCAUUAGGGGUGUGAAACAUGGAUUAAUGUAACGGUUCUAAAAAUGAGUUCUCGAUUUAGCUUCAUGGGUUGAAUAGUGGUAAAGAAAUGUAUGACAUAAUAUUAUUUGCCAUUCAGGUUUGCCGUAUUUAGAAGGCGCCUUUAUUAGUUGCCGAAAGAGUGAUGCACUUUGAAAACUUUACAAUUAUAACGUCGUAUAAAUGCAAAUGUACAGCGUGUGAAUCAUAGUUCUGCUUUUGAUAUAUAAUGUAUUUGCGCACCACCGUGUGAUUAAAAUUGUUUUGAAGGCUGGCGCUUUCCAAAAGUA